GGACUUCUUGACUAGUCUCUCGGACCGGGAGGCCAACAACCCGCAGUUCCACUUCCUGCGGCCCACACACAGCAUGUUCACUUUCUUCACCGCACUCACCGACGCCUACUCGAAGGUGCUGAAGCCGCCCAAUGGGGGUGAUGGAGAAGCUGCGGUGCAGCGCCCGUGACAUGACCACAGUGCUCGAGCGGUGCCUGCAUCGCAUCGAGUGGGAGCGCUCGCAGGAGCAGGCGAGGCGUAAGGCCGAGAAUGAGAUCGAGCAGGAGAGGCAGCAGAUGGCGAUGAUCGAUUGGCAUGAUUUUGUCGUGGUGGAGACCAUCGAGUUUGCAGAUGACGAGGAUGAUGAGCUGCCGAUGCCGAUGACGCUGGAGGAGGUCAUAAGAAGGAGCAAGAUGUCAGUUUUGGGUGAAGAGGCAGCCAUGGAAACAGUGGAACCAGGAAAGGAGGUGGAGAUGGAGAUGGAGAUGGACGAAGAGGAGGUCCAGAUUGUGGAAGAAGGCAUGGGGGCAGCAAGACUUGAAGGUGGUGGCAGGGAUGAGAAGAAGGGUGAAGCAGAGGCAGCAGUGGCGCCUACCGAUGAACCAGAGCCUCCAAUGAGGAUAGUUAAGAACUGGAAGAGGCCCGAGGAGAGGUUCCCCGCUGAAAGAGACCCGACCAAGUUUAUGAUCUCGCCGAUCACCGGUGAGCUAAUUCCGAUCGGUGAGAUGGCCGAGCAUAUGUGUAUUUCUCUCAUAGAUCCCAAGUACAAGGAGCAGAAGGAGAGGAUGAUGGCAAAGAUCCGGGAGACUACUCUUGCAGCAGAUGAUGAGAUCGCUAGGAACAUUGUGGGGCUUGCCCGAACCCGUCCUAAUAUUUUUGGGACAACAGAGGAAGAAGUCUCUAAUGCAGUGAAGGCUGAAAUUGAGAAGAAGAAAGACGAGCAGCCAAAGCAGGUGAUUUGGGAUGGGCACUCUGGUAGCAUUGGGGGAACUGCAACUCAGGCUUUGUCUCAGAGUCUUUCUGGUGAGGAACAAAUUGAUGCUAACAGUGAUGACGGGAGGACCCUUCCAGGCCCUGCUCCACCUGAUGCCUGGUGUACCAUUAGUGCGGCCUCUCCCGCCCCCACCACCUGGAUUAGCUCUGAAUAUUCCUCGUUUUCCUCCGAAUGUGGCCCCUUACACUGCUCCUGCUACUAGUGGGGGAAUGCUACCGUCAGCACAGAGGCCAGGAAUUAUACCAAUAACUCCAUCUGUGAGGCCUGCAGCUCCACCAAUGCCUAUGACUUCAACCCAGCAGCCUGUUAUGAUAAGCAGGCCUUCAAUGCCCCAGGCGAUCUCAGUAUCACCUGCUAUUCCCAUACCGGCACCACCUGGGUCGCAGUUCACUCCUUUGGUGGCUCCCCGACCAUUUGUUCCUAUGCCCAUGCCACC